AUGGUGGAUAUCAAUCGUAGAGACGCUUCCGGCCGAGCACCAAUACACAUCGCCAGUGAGUCUGGAAAGAUCGGCAUCGUAGAGCUCCUACUCCACCACACACAAAUCGAUGUAAAUCUCACUAUUGAGGGACGGCAUUGGCAGCGCGGCCAAUCUGCCAUAAUCAUCAUCGAGAGAUCAUUUUACGGGUACUGGCAACGUCACAAGGAAGAGCGUGCUUACACAAGAGAUCUUUUGCUAGCCCAUGGUGCAAGGACUGCAUCGCGCCAUCGAACAGAUAACAUGAACAAGGUCGUUCUCCCAUCCUCAGAUAUGGAUAUGGUGGGAAAUGUCCAACACUCGUCUGAACACAGCGAAGACCUCAGAAGGAAGAACCAUGCGUCAUGGGCUUCAGUCGUUGGAAUUCAUGAUAGUGGUGGCGGACCUGGAGCAACGAACGUGGAAGACAAGCAUACAAUUGGCGACAUCAUCCCAAUCGAUCUGGACGAUUCAAUGGUGGAAGACCCUGACGCGAUAUUCGAGGAGUGGAUGUGCUUUGACGACGAAGAACCGUCCGACAAUAACAACAGCUUGGAGAUGUGGGAGCGAGAGAUGUCCCUUGAGUAG